UGAAUAACUCUUCCAUGUGGAAAAAACAUUUCACUAAAUGUUAUUGACCCGCCAGAAAAAAUUAUUUUUUUUUUGCUCUUCGGGAUAUUCCUUAUUCUACGGCAGCUGAAAUAUCUAAGGAAAAUCUAUGUGAGCUAUUACCGUGUUCUAUCAACUGUUCACCCUGGACCAAUGUUCAGUUGACUGUGAUAGAAGAGGGUCAAAAAGAUACAAUGACUUCCCUGACUCAGUCAAGACACAAUCUGCCGAUGAUGGUAUUGCAUAAUGUGUAGUUGUUGCAUGCAAGUGCAACAGAAUUGAAGAUAUUUGUUGCCAGAGAAGCUGUGCAAAUGAAUGUCAACAAAUAUCUUAGUAAUACAUUGGUCUUUGUUGAAAUGGAAUUUGAGAGUGACUUAACUGACAACCAUACAAAAUGAGUAAUGAGCUACAAUCCAAGAGAAUGACCCAACUCGGACCAUGUUGCUAAGAAACAUAGGUUUGUGUUGACACUUCACAAAUAUAACAAUUAACAAAUGUAAUCAACAGAACCACAGCAAAAAACAAUAAUAAGUGUUAAUAAUUAUGGUAAUGAUUGCCUCCAUAAAAUCAAUAUUCAUUUAUUACAUAUAAGUAAUAAAAAAUUUAUCCUUUUUGAAACACUAAAUUGACCAAUAGAUAGCUAGAAUCUGCUAAUUUAGUGUUUGGAACUGAAAAAUUAUUGCUUAUUAAAACUUUAUAAAAUAAAACAAAACAAAACAAAAAUUGUCAAAAAAUGGGUGCAACUCAUAUUGAAGAUGCUAGUGCUCAACCAGGAAAACUUUAUACAUGUGAGCACUGUCAAAUGACAUUUUCUCGUCCUGUACACCUGGAGAGGCAUAUGAGAAAUGUUCAUUCUCAAGAGAGAGAGUCAGAAUGUAAUAUUUGUCAUAAAUUGUUUCAAAACAAACACUAUUUAUCCGUCCACAUGCUGACUCACAAUGUCAACAAAGAGCUGCAGUGUCCACUUUGCAAGAUGACAUUUAAUAACUUGGCUACUUUAAACAAACACAAAGAUGCUCACUUAGGUAUUGGUGUGACACAGGCACAGAAAGACAAUCUUAGUAAUUUCCGGCAACCACGAACUAUUGCCAAUCUGUUGGCCAGCAACCAGUCCAGUCGAGGUAACUCAUCGAAUGUGCCCUUAAUUAGUGUGGCUCCUGGCAUUAACAAUGCAAACACUUUGAACUGUGAUUUACGUUCUACAGAUUUGAGGUCAAUGAACAAAAACAAGAGGAAUUUGUUGCCUAAUCAAAUUUCUCUCCAAAAUGCGAUGAGACUUGCAUCAAAUGACACAACUGUUAACUGUGAUCUAACAUCCAGAGACAUCAACUCCCUGAACACAAACCAAACUGUGAGAUUGGCUCAAAAACGCCCCAGUAACAGUGAUAAUGAUGUCAUAGUCACUGGGGUCAGUUCACUGAAGCGACCGUUUCGAUUUCAAAACUUAUCUAAUUCCACAACACCUCAGAAUCGACAGCCCAGUGCAAAUCAACUAUCAAAAGCAGCUGCUAUUUCUCUUUUGUCUCAACAGUUGGCAUCUCAGAAGAACUCCCAGAAUUCCCUGUUACAAAAUCAAAUUCAGGUUCAAAGUUCAUCUACACGCCAGAACUCUACACACAAUCCCUCCGGUAGAAAUAUUACUGAUCGAAUCUAUUUGAUGCCUGAAAAUGGCAACAGCAGAAACGUAGUAAGAAUGCAACAGCCAUCAAAUUUUAGGUACAGUCAAAGAAAGCAGUUAGCACAACAGCCAAUUCCAAAUCAGCGCUAUUCCACUAACAGUCUUUAUUCCAAUCCUUUAAAUCAACAGAGUCAAAGAAAUGUUGUUAAUUGCGAUUUAACUCGUUCUGAUCUUGCUACAAUCAGUCAGCGAUCAGGGGCUGCUGCAUCAAAUGUGACAUCACAGUUCUCCAAUGGUAGCAAAUCAAACAGUACAGUGAAUUGUGACCUGACAAUUUCUAAUAUCAGUUCAUUGAACCGUAACUACAGACCUAGCAACAACUUGCUUGCAUCAAGAUCAAGAAACUCUGUUUCUCAAAAUAAUCUCCCUUCAAACCGAGUGAGAAGUGCCGUGAAUUUUGAUCUCACUACAGCAGACAUAAAUUUCCUCAGAAGAAACCGGCGUAUACGUCAAGUAGAAAGAUUAACUGAUGUUGGUGCACCAACAGUGGGUCAAACAUCAAAUACUUUGAACUGUGAUCUGUCUGUUGUUAAUUUGGGUGCCAUGGAACGAAACAAAAUGCCACCAAGCAAUAAUAGUCGAAUUAAUCGGAUAAAUUUAAAUCAGAUCCCAAAACAGGUGCAGAAUACACUCAACUCUGGUCUUAGAGCAAAUAAUUUGAAUGACUGGAACAAACGCAACACAAUAGUAUACCAGCAAAAGAACAACCAAGUCUUACAAAGCCCUACUAGUCACCCAGUGAAUACCCUUAAUUGUGAUCUUACCAGUGUCAAUCUUGGCACUUUGAACCAGCAGCAAGCUGCCAACAAUAGUAAUAUUGUUAACCAAGAGGUUCGUCCAGUUCAGAUUUAUGCAAACAGCAAUGUCCCUCUUAGUUCACUGGUUCGUAAAGACAUAAGUCCAAGAGAAAAUAGUAUGACUGGUACUCCAACUAGCAGCAAUAGUUACCCUGUACAGAUUGUAAGAAACCGAAGUCAUCAGAAACGUGCUGUAAACGUCAACCCAGGAGUAUCUACUUUAAACAGUCCAAAUGCCAUGCUAAUCUCACGACUGAAUCGCCAAAGGAAGAUGCUAGCUACUCCUAACAACAUCCCUGUUAUAGAUCUUGUGGCUGAGGAAGAGAAAACUUCGAAUGUGCCUUCAGGAUCAACUGAUGUUGUUCAGUUUGAUUUGACCAAUCCUGACAUCAACAUUAUUAGUUACGAGAAUGGUACCAGCUUGUCUAGUAGUAAGUCGACUUCCAAAAAUGUUGUUGAUAUUGUAGACUUGGAAUCACAUGACAGCUCUGGAAGACCUCCAGUGUUGAAUAAUCAGGCAUCUGUUGUAGAAUUUGAUCUUUCCAACAAUAACAUCAGAGCAUUUAAUACAAAUCAGAAUCGUAUUCCAAACACAAGUACAAUCAAUUUGAACAGCAAUCUCUGGGCGUCAUCUAACUCCACUAGAAACAACAGCCUAAAUGUUCAGUCUGCUACUGUAGCCAAUGAAAGUAGCUCGUCAUUGUCAGACAUUACUCUCGUUGACAUCAGAUCUUUAAAGCCAUCGGAGGAAGUAACUGAAACUGUAAGCAGACAUGUUGAUGAAGUCGGUGACAAAUCUUCUGUCUCUGGCAUUACUCUUGUAGAUAUCCGUUCACUGAGUAGUGCUGAGAUUGAAGCCAACUUCCAAACAUCCAACAAAGAACCCUUAACAGUAACAAAUUCUGAAACAUCCCAGAUGUCACAUUCUUCUACAAGAACUGGGAAUGUUUCUGACAAUUAUCAAGUUGGAGACAGCUCUCUUACAGCUUCUAAAGUUCCGACAUUAAAUCCAUUAAUUCGACCACCAUCUACAAAAGCGAUAAUUACUGUUGAUCUUAGUUCCAUUGAUUUUGAAGACAUUGAUGAGGCUAAACGUACAACACCACAGGCAAGUAAAUCAAUUUCUGAACAAUACGAAGAUGAGAACUUUACUUGCAAAUAUUGUUCAGUGAAAGUCCGUUAUCUUUAUAACUAUAUAUUUCACCUUAAAUCUCAUUUGGAAAUAGGGUUUUGCAUCUGCUAUUAUUGCAGUUCUGUGUUUGAAGACUUCCGCAAACUUGUGGUGCAUUUGGUAUCACAUGUAAGCAACCUAAAGAACCAGUGUGUGUUUUGCCGCAAUAUCUUAGUAUCUACCACAAAUCCCAUCCAACACAUGACAGAGUGUGGUGAAUUGCAGUGUGUAAUGUUUGAAGCUGGAUCUUGUGUCAAAACAGAAAAAUCCGAGGAAAAAAAUAACAGCAAGGUGAAGACAAAGACAGAGAGUGCAGCAGAAAAGUCUGAGAAAGAAGUGGGUAAUUUGGAAGAAAGACUUUUGGAGGAAGUGGAAAAACAAGCACUUGUAAUACUAGAAAAGGAAGAUGAUGAGAAUGUAAGGGAAGCAAAGGAUGAAAAAAAUACAAAAGGGGAAAGAGAAGAAACAUGUAUUGACUCAGAAUCAAACAAAUUGAACAAAGGGAAUGCAAAUAAGGAGGUGGAAAUGAAAGUUGAUAGGGUCAGUGCUGGUUCAAAUAAAGAUAAUGGCCAAAAAGAAAAAAGUAGAUUAAUAGAAGAGGAGAAAGAAAAAACAAUGAUGAAAGAGGUAAAGGCAGAAGUAGAGAAACAGGGAACAGGAGCUGAAGAGCAAGAAGAGGAGAGUAAGGAAAAUGUAAAAGAAGAAAAGCUAGAUGAAGAUAGUAUUGAAUGGAAGGUGAAAGAGGAUUUUAACAGAACUGACCAAUUGAUUUCAGAACUUAAUCAAGAUACACUAUAGGGAUAUAUCAAGAGACUGAAAACUUACAUGGGAAUAUGUAUAUGUGUGUACAUAUAAUAUAGGUGUGUGUGUGUGUGUGUACAAACAUGCGUGUAUGCAUACAGGCGUAUGUGUUGGCGUGCACAAAAGAGAAUAAACAAAUCCUCAGUAGCUAAGAUAUAUGUAUCUGUGUGUAUACAAGUACAUUCACAGACAUCACAAUUCUUACACAUUCAUUAUGUUUCAUUAAAUAUGUCUUAGAUUAUGCUGAUAUAUGUGAUAAUGUAACUGUAUGUUAUUGCACAUAUGCAUGCAAGUGUACUAGUGUCACAUUUGUAUGUGUAUGUAUCUGGAUACUGACACACACACACAUGUAUACACAUGCAUAUAUAUUUACAUAUACAGGUUGGUUCAAAAGUUCCUGUAGCACACACACACACCAUCAUACAUGUUGAUUUUGGGCAAGAUACUACCGGGUUGUACAUUUAAUUCAUAGACUGGACUACAUUUUGUCCAACUUCUGAAUCUUGAAGAAGAUAUUUUCUUACAUGUUACUCCAGUCUACCCAACUGAAAUGGAUAGCAGUCAAGUGCUUGUGUAGCCCUCUCCUACUCCAGACAUCACAUCAUGAAUGUCCUGAUGGGUCAGUGGAGGGUUGAGAAGGCAUCUUUGGUUUGCUCAUGAUAGCAUGUUAAAGAAUUACAUACAUAUGUAUGUAUGUAUACAUACAUACAUACAUACAUACAUAUAUAUAUAUAUAUAUAUAUAUAUAUAUAUAUAUAUAUAUAUACACACACACACACACACAUAUGCAUACAUAUAUAUUUAUAUAUCAUUUAAAUGCUAAAGGGACUUCUGAAUCACUCAGUCUGAACAUAAUAUACAUACACAUAACCAUUAUAAUAAUAUGUAUUUGUGUAUAUAAGUGUG